UUCAGAGGCAUUUGAGUGAAAUUACGCACGGUUUCCAAUGAUGGAGCUAGUUAAAUGUGUUGUUAUAGCUGUGUUGCUUCUGACAAAUGUUUUCUGUCAAGAACUGGAUGUUGACAACUGGAGAGAAGGCAUCGGAGAGAACAAAUGGCCAAACUCUGAAGAAAUUCAAGAUUUAUUAGUGAGAAUGACCAGAAAACCAGGACCACGCCGAUAUCUUGGGCUCAUGGGGAAGAAAGACUCUGCAAAAACGCAGCCAACUCGUAAACGGCAUAAAUUUCAAACCUUUGUGGGUCUGAUGGGUAAAAGGAGCUUUGAGGAUGAAGGAGCCCUGUGAGCAACCCCCGAAGAUCGAGGACCUGCGUUUGAUUUUCUUACUUUGUUUCAUUUCAGG